CUGCGGCAGGGUCGGGGUGAGAAAUGGCUGAGAUUAGAUUAGAACCGGCUAACUGCGAUCGCAGUCAAAGCCGGAUAACGAUGACUGCAUCAAUGCAGUGUCUGAGUCUCAGAUAAUAGGCCCAGGGUAUCUGCUUAUAUCUACUUACAAUCAAGCUCCCAUCAUCAUGGAUACCUUCAUUAAUCUCGCGAAGCAAGGUUACGAGUCGUACUCUGAGUCUCAGAAUCAGAAUCAGUCCCACGUCCACAAGACUGGAGGCCAGGAGUACAACUCUCCUGACAACCGGCCUCCCCAGUCUUACAGACCCUCGUUCAACUCGGACGACGUGAACCAGCAUGUUGACUCUGAAAACCAUGGGUUCGUAAACCAGGCACUGUCUCAUGCACACAAGACUGUCCAGCACCAAGGUGAAAUCGACGAGGAUGGCGUCCAAAACCUCAGGAAUGCUCACCAACAGGCAUUCAGCUCUGAGGGCCAGGGCCCACAAGGCAUGGCACCCGAUGCAAUGGGUGGAGCUGCAGCCUUCAAAGUGUUCACAGACAUGAUGAGCGGUGGCGGCGGCGGAAGUCACGGAAGCAGUGGUGGAGGUGACAUGCAGAGCAAGCUUGUUGGCAUGGCCAUGCAACAUGCUUCCUCGCUCUUCGACCAGUCUGGUGGCGGAUCUAGCGAGGCCAAACAAAGCGCCAUGAACAGCGCUGCUACUUAUGUUAUGCAGCUUAUGAUGAAGAAGGAGAUGAGCUCCUUCAUCGGUGGUGGCAGCAGUGGAGGCUUGAGUGGAAUCAUGGGCAUGGCAAGCAAAUUCAUGUAAAUGCGUCGAGGGGAAAGAAGACUUCGAGAAGUUUUGUAUCUUGGGCGCGGUGCUCGCCUAUGCGUGAACUUACUUUUGUAAAAUCUAGUGCUCAUCUGCGAAACUUUGUAAAUUCUUGGACUCAUACCCAAUUUCAAAGAACAAUAGUUUUACUGACGCUCGAGAGCUGUGAUCAAUUUUGUUCCGCUCAGUGGCAGCGAUAUAUCUCGUAUUCAGUUCUAAUUGCUCGAAGUAUACAGACAGCAAGUACAGAUCGAUACAAUAAUAUGACUAGAUAACAUCAAAUGAG